AUGCAAAGUAGUGAGUAUUCUGCGAAAGUGACAACGAUCUCAGACUUUGUAGAGCGAAAGUAUUCUCCGAGUUUAAAUAAUUAUCAUUUCGAGUAUACGUUACUGCGUUUGCUUGUUGGUACUGAUCAGUCAAGGAAUUGGCCAAAUCGUCGCGACUGGUUGUGGUGUCAAAUCUAUUCUUUGGGAUUAACACGAGCAAAGCAUGCAUUUUUUGAUGAAUUCAACGUGCUUGAAACUUAUCAACCGAGAGCUCGGACUAUGGGUCAUUUAUUUAUGCCUGAACCACCGACGCCGGUACCGGACGCACAACGGCAACAGCUGAAUGCCACAAAGGAAACGGAGCGAAAUGCGUUCUUGCAAAUGAGGGAUGCGCAUUAUGGAAAUGAAUAUACAUACGUGGAAAAGGUGAAUCGUGAAUUAAAAGAGGGAGGAAAUCUUGCUAAACAAUCACAAAAUGAAGUGAAAAAUGGCAUUUCAGACACACCAAAAAUCGAAGGACCGAUUUUAAUCGAAUUUCAUGCUGAUUCCGAAAGCGAUGAUGAUGACUACUCCAUAUAA